ACUGCCCUUACAUACUCAAAUUCAUGGCUGUCACAGCAGCCUCUAUUUGUCCAACUUUAAAGCCAUCGCAGCAGCCUUUAAACACAAAUUCAUUGUUGUUAGAGCAGCCUCUAUUCAUCCAAUUUUAAGUUAUCGAAACCGCCUCUACACACACAAAUUCAUGACUGUCACAAUAGCAUCUAUUCAUUCAAUUUAAGCCAUCAAAACAGUGUUUACACACACAAAUUCAUAAGAAAUUCAAACAAAAUUUUCACAUUCAUUCAAUACCUCCACUGGCCAGCCCUAGAUACAAGUUUUACCCGAUAUUUUUCUUUCAAUAAACUUGAGAAUUUUACUCUAUUUAGUACUUAAGUUUUUUUAUACAAGAGGUCUCGAACCUGUAAAAAAAAUCCAUGCUUAGGCCUGGACAAGGGAAUGGAUUCCGUCUAGACAGACAUGAAAGUUUAACCUUCAAAAGGCUAAAACUUGUCAUAAUCUGGUAACUGUAUCCUUCCUUAAAUAGCUAAAGAUUGUCUCAGAAUCAAGAAACCCACAAGAAAAUCCGAAAGAUAGAAUGUCUUCUAACUGUUAUUCAAUUCAAACCAUAGUUAACCACUUAAAGCACUGCACCAAGCUGAAACAGCUACAAUCCAUGUAUGCUGUCAUGGUCAAAACCAAUACAAACCAAGAUUGUUACUUAAUGAAUCAAUUUAUAUCAGCUCUUUCUACUUUUAACCGUAUGGAUUAUGCAGUUUUAGCCUAUACCCAGAUGGAAAUUCCUAAUGUUUUUGUGUAUAAUGCAAUGAUUAAAGGGUUUGUUCAAAGCUAUCAACCAGUUCAGGCUCUUGAAUUGUACGUUCAAAUGCUAAGAGCUAAUGUUUCUCCUACAAGUUAUACAUUUCCUUCGUUGAUAAAAGCUUGUGGCUUGGUAUCACAGUUGAGGUUUGCAGAAGCUGUUCAUGGUCAUGUUUGGAGAAAUGGGUUUGAUUCACACGUGUUUGUUCAAACUUCUUUGGUUGAUUUUUACUCAAGUAUGGGUAGAAUUGAAGAAUCUGUAAGGGUGUUUGAUGAAAUGCCUGAAAGAGAUGUCUUUGCUUGGACUACAAUGGUUUCUGGUCUUGUGCGGGUCGGUGACAUGAGUUCUGCUGGGAGAUUGUUUGAUAUGAUGCCUGAUAGGAAUUUAGCUACUUGGAAUACUUUGAUUGAUGGGUAUGCAAGAUUGAGAGAAGUUGAUGUGGCGGAGUUGUUGUUUAAUCAAAUGCCUGCAAGAGAUAUUAUUUCAUGGACUACAAUGAUCAAUUGUUAUUCUCAGAAUAAGAGAUUUAGAGAAGCAUUGGGGGUUUUUAAUGAGAUGGCAAAACAUGGGAUCAGCCCAGAUGAAGUGACCAUGGCAACUGUGAUUUCAGCUUGUGCUCAUCUUGGAGCCCUUGACUUAGGGAAGGAAAUACAUUACUACAUUAUGCAGCAUGGAUUUAACCUUGAUGUCUACAUAGGUUCGGCAUUGAUUGAUAUGUAUGCUAAGUGUGGGAGUCUAGAUAGGUCCCUUUUGAUGUUCUUCAAGUUGCGAGAGAAGAAUUUGUUCUGUUGGAAUUCAGUGAUUGAAGGGCUUGCUGUUCAUGGAUAUGCAGAAGAAGCACUGGCAAUGUUUGACAAGAUAGAGAGGGAGAAAAUUAAGCCAAAUGGGGUUACAUUUGUAAGUGUUUUAAGUGCCUGCAAUCAUGCAGGACUUAUUGAAGAAGGUCGUAAGAGGUUUGCGAGUAUGACACGAGAUCAUUCCAUCCCUCCUGGAGUUGAACAUUAUGGAUGCAUGGUUGAUCUCUUGAGCAAAGCUGGCUUGCUUGAAGAAGCACUGCAAUUGAUAAGAACAAUGAAGUUGGAACCUAAUGCUGUUAUUUGGGGUGCGUUGCUAAGUGGAUGUAAGCUUCACAGGAACUUGGAGAUUGCUCAGGUUGCUGCUAAUAAAUUGAUGGUUUUGGAGCCUGGCAACAGUGGAUAUUACACUCUUUUGGUUAACAUGAAUGCUGAAGUUAACAGAUGGGGCGAGGCUGCAAAGAUCAGGUUAACCAUGAAGGAGCAGGGGGUAGAAAAAAGAUGCCCUGGGUCCAGUUGGAUCGAGAUGGAAAGUCAAGUUCAUCAAUUUGCGGCAUCUGAUAAAUCUCAUGCAGCUUCUGAUGAGAUUUACUCUUUGCUGGCUGAAUUAGAUGGGCAGAUGAAGUUAGCGGGCUACGUACCUGAACUAUGUGAAGCAGAGACAGUGGAGCAGAGGCGUAGUUCGAUCUCACAUGAAAAAGGAAAUGUCCCUGUUAACCCUGGCUGUUUCGGUGCCAACACUGAGGCCUCCAUCUUGUGGACAUGGUAUCAAAGAAGCGGAUGUGACCGAAGGCAUCUGCUUUACAGAAGGACAUUCUAUGGUGCGUUGUACAUGAUAGCAUUAGCAGCUGGUUCUGGUGGAACCAAGCCUAAUGCAUCCACCAUGGGACUGAUAAAUUUGAUGAUUUUUAACCUAAAGAAGACCAAAAGCUAUCAUUCUUUAAUUGCCCUUGGCUAUGCCCUUCCAACAAUGGGUGUGGCAGUUUCCAUUAUUGUGUUCUUGGUAAGCACUCCAUUCUACAGAAACAAAUUGCCCCCAGUGAGCCUAUUCACCAGGAUGGAUCAAGUAAUUGUAGCUUCUGUGAGGAAGUGGAAGGUACCCGUCCCAGGUGACCCAAAACAGCUGCAUGAGCUUAGCCUGGAUGAGUACAUAGGAUCAGGGAAAUUCGGAAUUGCCUAUACCUCUUCACUUGGAUUCCUUGACAAAGCAGCUGUGGAGAGCGGUUCAAGGUCACUGUGGAUGCUAUUCCCUGUGACCCAAGUUGAAGAAACCAAGCAAAUGAUUAAAGUGCUUCCUGUAUGGGCUGCUACUUUCAUACCUAGCACCAUUUUAGCUCAAGUGCACACCCUGUUCAUCAAACAGGGAACUGUCUUGGACAGGAGCAUGGGACCCCAUUUUGAAAUCCCUCCAGCGUGCCUCACAGCUUUUGUAACCAUCUCCAUGUUGAUAAGCCUAGCCAUUUAUGACCGUUACUUUGUGCUGAUGGCUAGGCAUUACAUGAAAAGACCGAGAGGAAUUACAUUGCUGCAGAGAAUGGGAAUUGGGUUUAUGUUGCAUGUUAUUGUAAUGAUCACAGCCUGCUUAGCAGAAAGGAAGAGGCUUAGUGUGGCAAGAGAACACAACAUAAUUGGUAAAAAUGAGGUAGUUCCUCUCAGUAUAUUUAUUCUACUCCCUCAGUUUGUUUUGAUGGGAGUUGCUGAUAACUUUGUGGAAGCAGCGAAGAUAGGGUUUUUCUAUGACCAAGCACGAGAAGGAAUGAAGAGCCUAGGGAAUUCAUACAUCGCCACCUUCUUGGGAAUUGGGAAUUUCCUUAUUAGUUUUCUCCUAUCAACAGUUUCUAAAAUCACCAAGAAGCAUGCAUAAAGGGUGGAUUUUGGACAACCUAGAUAACUCUCGUUUAGACUACUAUUAUGCUUUCCUGGCCAUAUCGAGCUCCCUCAACUUCCUUCUCUGUUUAGUUGCUGCAAGCUUCUUUGUUUAUAACGUGAACGCUGAUACUAAGAGGGAUUUGCAGGAACAAAAGGAAAAUUCACUGGUCAAAGCUCAUCAAGACAAUGAAAACUUGAAGGUUGGAUAAAGAUGAUGAACUUAAACCUUCUACUUUGUAUCUGAAGCGAGGGAAGGCAGAAUCUAGUUCUUUGUAAUAUUUAUGUAUGUAUCUUUGUAUGAACGUACGUAUGACAAAGGUUUGAUGAAGAUGAUGAAACGUUCUGUUCUGUUA